AUGGCUUCCACUUCAGCGGCUGCUGUGCUCCUUGGUAGACAAUUAAAACAGAUGCAGUCGGACAAAGAUAUACCUGGGAUCAGCUGUGGGCUGGUGGACAACAACGUCUUUCAGUGGGAAGUUAUGCUCAUGAUCAACGACGACUGCAAAUACUACGGCGGAGGAUUCUUUCGUGCCCGCCUGUCCUUCCCUCCAGAGUACCCUUUGAUGCCUCCCAAAAUGAAGUUCGAAACCCCCAUCUUCCAUCCCAACGUCUACCCGACCGGGGAAGUCUGUAUCUCCAUCCUGCACCCUCCGGAGGAUGACCAAUACGGAUAUGAAUCUGCCGCUGAGCGAUGGAGUCCCGUACAAAGCCCCGAGACGAUCCUGAUAUCGGUCAUCAGUAUGUUGAGUUCCCCAAACGACGAGUCUCCAGCGAAUGUGGAUGCAGCCAAGAUGUGGCGGGAAGAUCCCAAAGGUUUCCGAAGAAAGUGUCAGCGGCUCGUCCGGGAAAGCUUAGGGGACGACUAA